AUACCUCUCGUUCACCGCCUGGAGAUCAUGAUGCAUGCCACCGGCUGAAAUCUUUCGCGCGACCCAGAACCGGGUCAGUGCCGCAAUCCGUGGGCCUUUAAAGUGUCGCAAUCGAUACCAGCCCCUGAAAACCCGCACUGUAUGCCAUGCCGCCAGAGCCACAAACGUCGCAAGGAUCCAGUGACUGGCCAGGAAGCCUAGCGAUAUCCGUAAGUUGCUCAUCGAAGGCCAGAUACUCGUCCCCGACAAACUUGAUAGUCUGGGAUGAAAGGUGGAAGAAAAGAGGAAUGUCGUCCUUCGGUUACAGCGAAGCCUAUCCGUCUCUGAGAAAGCUAAGGAUCGGGGCAUCUUUCCAGAUUAAUAGCAGUGCCCGAGACAUCCCAGAGACUCCAAGGGGCGUGGGGUUUAGUGCCGUGUCUCCGCUGUAAAAUUCCUGGCUGAACGGUGCUAAACAGCCUGAGGUCCAUUAAUGAUCAAGUUAGCUGGGUAUGCAGCCAAUCGAGUCGCCAACAGGUUUGUUGACUAGCGGGACUAUCCUAGCGAGGAUGUCCUUGACGAAUUACUCAAGAGGGAUGAACCCCGAUGAACUCUAAAAGCAACAUCACAGAUUGACAGGGCCACAAGCGUGCAUCGUCGAUGCAACCCUGGCCUCCCACGUUUUUAAAAUGUGACCCACGAUCGCACAUUUCCAACAUCCUCUGGAAAUCCACCUGACGACAUCGCAAGGGCACGUUUUACUGCCACGCAACACAUCGAGAAUCCCAUCACACGAUGACCGACCCACUACAGACGGAGGUUGCAGAUGACUUUAAUGAUGGUGAUUCGGCAUUGGGAGAUGACGAAGAGGAUUUGAGUUCUACUACAUCCAUCGGUUCAAGUAUCCUAAGAUAUCGACAAGAGAACGGGCGGACAUAUCAUGCGUAUAAAGAUGGGAAAUAUCUUCUUCCCAAUGACGAGGGAGAGAACGACCGUUUAGAUCUUCAACAUCACAUGUAUUACUUGACGCUCGGUGGUAAACUAUACAUCGCUCCCAUACCAGAAGACCAAAAGAUCCACCGGGUGUUAGAUCUCGGGACGGGGACAGGAAUUUGGGCGAUUGACUUUGCCGACGAACACCCAGAAACACAAGUUCUAGGUGUUGACUUGAGUCCUAUCCAACCAACAUUCGUACCACCAAACUGUCAAUUCGAAAUCGACGAUAUCGAAGAACCAUGGGAGUACAGAUACAAAUUCGACUUCAUCAACAUGCGCAUGAUGGUAGGCUGCGUGUCCGACUGGCCCCGUUGCUUCAAACAAUGCUUCGAUAAUCUCAUCCCCGGCGGCUGGCUCGAAGUAAAAGACAUUAAAUUCCCCAUCGAAGACAACGACAACUCCUUCCCCGAAGACUGCGCCGUCAAGAAAUGGUCCGACCUCAUCCUAGAAGGAACAGUAAAACUAGGCAGACCAUGUGAUAGUGCGAAGGAUUAUAAAGCGCAACUUAUUGAGGCGGGUUUUGAAGAUGUGGUGGAGGUGAGGUAUAAGUGGCCGCAGAAUAGGUGGCCGAAGGAUAGGAAGUUGAAGGAGUUGGGAAUGUGGAUGCAUGAAAACUUCAGUACCGGACUAGCGGGGUUGAGCAUGGCUGUAUUCACGAGGGGAUUGGGCUGGUCCCAAGAAGAGCUGGAGGUCUUCCUGGCGGAUGUGAGGAAAAGUAUGAAAGAUACGAGUGUUCAGGGAUACUAUCCCAUUUAUGCGGUGUAUGGUAGGAAACCUCUGUGAUAUCGGGCCGGCGAGGUGAGAGGAAAUUGUUUGAGUAGUUUGAGGUUGAGAGCGGAUUUGUACAUUCACCCACGUAUAUAUACAUACGCACACAUACAUGCAUACAUACAUAUAUACACUCACUCCCGU